CUCGCAAUAAAACCGUAAGACUCGACAUCCACAGCGAUCACGCAUAUAUGAUGGCUUUGCUGCGUCAAGAAGAAAAGCACCCUGCCUGUCUGACUCGAUAUCGCAAAUCCUGCUUCUUGUCGUCCGGAAGAGGAGGACUUGACCAGCACAGACGGAUCGCCGCGGCAUGCACGCACUGAUCUGCUCGUUCCGAAGACCGAGGAUCCAAUCCUGGCUCUGCUUACGCCCGCAGACGAACCGGUGGCAGACGUUCGCGAUGGUGUGCUUGGUGACUUGGUGCACAUCUGGCUUCCUUCGACUUGCUGCUGUGGGAUUCGCAGUCUAUGUAAACAUGAUUGAAUCCACGUCUUGUUCGCUGUCACUGUCUCACUGCACCUUGCAUGCCGCUGUCAAGUUCUCUGGCAGCGUUUUGGCGAUGGUCGUACCAAUUGGAUUUCGAUGGCACGUUCUCCCUAUUCCGGUUUCAUGAGAGUGGAUACCAGUAGAUUGG